GAAAAUUCAAUAUUUGUGGUGUUUGUGAACAAUUGGUGAUUCUAGGCUUUUGUGCACUAUAGCCCGGAACAAACUGACGGCAUGAAAGGUGACAGUUCUUUUGAGACGAUUGAUACAUACGUUUCAGAGUAUUUUACAGAUAAUGAAACCAGAGAUGACAAGAUAGGCAAACAGUCAGAUCUCCGAACAGCUUCAAAUAUCAACACGUCAGCAAUUCGAACUGAAGCGGAGAGGGAACACAGUCGUGAGAUGACGAUGGGUUCCUGCUGUUGCAACAAGCGACAUGUGACUUUUGUAUGGGCCCUGCUGGAGUGCCUUUUCUUCACGGGGGUGAUAUUUGGAUGGGUGUGGCUGACUGUUACUCUUAGACGAGACGCAUUCUUUUUGGACCUUUGCAAUGUCACCUUUUCAGAGGAUGAGAUUUCCAAAGGUCAAAGCCUAAGUGAACCCAUUCAAGAUAGCUCAAGAAAUGGACGGUGGUCCAAAUGUAGGACCACUUCUACAACUACUCUGGCACCACAGGAAUUUGAGAAUCGUCUGCCGUUUAAUGGUACCCAGUAUUUUUGUGACGAACAGGAAGAACGUCUUAACCUUUUAUAUGACAUUAUCAUUAUCAUCAGGAACUUUCUUAUUUUGCCGGUUGGCAUAUUUAUGGACAAAUACGGAACAACCCGGAGUCGACUUCUAACUGUAUUUACUUUCAUCACGGGGACGCUGAUGAUGACGUUUUCGAGUACCGCGCCUUGGCUGUUGAUACCCGCCCUGGUGUUAGUAUCUCUAGCAGGUCUGGUUCUUCUCAUCACAAACCUACAGGUUGCUAAUUUAUUCGGAGAACACCGAUAUACUGUCAUGGCCACAUUUAUUGGAGCAUAUCACUCCUGCUCGUUGAUCAUGGGUUGUAUGAAGGCAACAAAUGACCUUGGCGUAGGAACACAAACAUCCUUUAUGUUUUUAACCAUUGCCAUCGUUCCCAUUUUGGUUUCUACGAUAGCAUUUUUACCCAAGAGUCGAAUACCCUGGCCACUUCCGGUAACUUACGGAACCAAUCGUGUGUUAAAUGGCGGAUGUGGGAAAAGUAAACAUUCCAGAGAUUCCAAAAACAGAGAAGAUUUUGCCGCAUUCAGAAACGUUUCCUGUUCCUCGCUGUUUGGGUGGUCACUGGUCUGGUUUGGCAUCCAAUACAUGAGGGAAUUUCUUUACGAUGAAAACUUUCGUUUGUUGUUUAUAAGAUUGGGAGCAGACAAAGAACAAAUAAAUACGGAGUAUUCUCGCCUGUAUUCAAGUCUGAAGAUGCUGGGAUUACCCGUGGCCCCUGUGCUGGGAUAUCUGUUGGAUUGGAAAAAAUUAUCAAGUUACAGUCCACCUCGCAUCCAGACUAUGCAUAGAAUUCUGUUUCUGGUGGUUCUUUCAAGUGCUUUAGCUUUGCUCAACUCUCUUCUGCCAUUUAUUCCAUCAAUAACCAUACAGAUAGCUGGAUUUGUUCUACAGAUAAUAGAGCGAGUGUCAGUAUUGGUGUGUGUCUGCAGCUUUUUAACUCACGUCCAUUUUCCAAUUGAACAUUUGGGAAAAUACAUCGGAUGUCACUUUUGUGUAGCCAGUCUCACUAGUUUAUCAGGUUUUGCAUUCCAGAGGUUGAUACAUGUUCACCUUGAAAGUAACUUCUUUUACAUAAAUUUGGUGCUAUUGGUAUUGUUACUGAUCUCCUGUGUUCAUCCGAUAAACAUCUGGAACCACUGCCGCCAUGGUUUUAUACAGGACGCCUCGGAGUCAAAUUAUGGAACAGAUCUCUCCCCACAGGAAAACCUCAUAUCCGCGCCGAACAGUCCGAGCAGUGUAUAAACGUGAGAGGUGAACAGAAAGACAGGAUGACGACCAAGACUGUCAGAUCGACAGAAACAGAAAAUAUCAAGCUCCAAAAUGUGAAUGAUGGAGGCCAACAAUUUGUAAAUUGUUAACUUGCACAAAUUUUCCGAAAAUUGGUUUACAUGUGUAUAAAUAUGUAGGGGAAAAUUGUCAUGAUAUUAAAAUGUGCAUAUCAAAAUACGUUGAAAUAAAUAAAUUUAUAAAAUGCA